UGUAAGUAUACCUAAAGAAGAUUUUACGUCAAUGAUUAUUUAUAAAAAAUAUCGAAGAACAGAGAAAAACCGUCCUAUAUCUUAUCGAGAAUAUGCUAUAUUGCAACCUGGAUUAUGGCAGCAUAUCUUCAAUGAAAAAAUAUGGGAAGCCACUAAAAUAUCUUGUGCAUUUAAUUUUAAACGCCAUAAAUUGUUAAAUAAUGCAAAAUCCGGAUAUGCAUGCGGUACCUGUAAAUGUGGAUCUACUAUUAAUUGUGUGAUUAAUAAUUCUGAAGAGCUUGUUACCAAAUUAAAAUGCACUUAUACUGAAGGUCAAGGACGUUGCGGAAAACGGUACUUAAGGAAACCUGUAAGACAAACAGUUGUUGACCAAUUACAAGGAACAAGUGCAUCUAAAUAUAGGAUAGAAAUGGCAGAAAAAUUAAUACAAGAGGGUGAUGAUAAAGAACCGCCACAUUUAUAGAGUACUAAUGUUUUGAGAGUAGCAAAAUAUGAUAUUGCUCAGAAAAAUUAUAUGGACAAAGAUCCAUUGAAAGCGCUAUAUUUAUUGUAAUUAGGAUCAUUAAGACAUAUAAUAUAUAGUAUUGGAUGGAAUCCUUUUUAUAUACAUUAUUGAUCCAAUCAUCAAUUACAUGUAUAUCGGACAUAUGUAUCAGAUGAAACAUCUUGUGUAUAUAUUGAUGCAACAGGAAGUAUUGUGAAAAAAAUUAAAAGAUCCGAACUAUACACUAAAACUAAAUCAAAACACAUUUUCUUGUAUAAUUGUGUUGUUAAUUCAAAGACAAGCGGUCUCUUUCCAGUAUGUCAAAUGCUUUCGGAAAGUCAUCAUACAAAUGCAAUCCAGUAUUGGUUGAUGGAAUGGAUUCGCUCUGGUGCACCUCGUCCACGUGAAGUAAUAUGUGAUGCCAGUCGUGCAUUAUUAACAGCAUGUAUACGAUGUUUUACAGGAUAUUUUACUCUCGAAGAAUAUUCUGAUGCAUGCAAAGAAAAUAAUUUACCUACGUGUUAUAUACGCAUAGAUGUGGCACAUUUUAUUAAAACAUAUGCAAAUUUUUUGAAAGAUGUGCGACGACGCGUAAAAGCAUUUUAUUUGUCAUUACUAGGAUAAUUAAUUUUAAGUCGCAACAUUAAUACAGCAGAAGAAAUAUUAAAAGGAAUAUUAAUUAUAGCAAGAAGUGAAACAGAAGGCAUGACAACAAAUGAUGAAAAGACAAUAUGCAAAAUAUAUAAAAUAAAAAUGAAGAACUUAUUAACAUCAUCAAAUGAAGAAAUAUCCAUGGAUGAUAAUUUAAAACAACCCGAUGACGUUCACGAUGAAGAUAGUGACAAUAACAAGUGGAGUCAAUGGGCAGAAGAUAUUGAUAAUGAAGUACAACAAAUGAUCUCUGAUAAUGAAGGAGAUCGUGAAAAUGCUCAUUAUAUGCCAGUAUUUGCAGAUCGUCUUUUAAAAGAUAUAAAAUUGAUACCCAUGUGGUCAUGUAUAUGCAGAGAUAAAUUUGGAUAUGGAAGAAUUCCAGCCAGUAGCGCUUCAGUAGAGAGUGAUUUCAAUAUUAUCAAGAACACUUUUUUGAAAACAGAACAAACACCAAUGAGAGUAGAUGAAUUUAUUACGAAACAUAUAUCAUUUAUAAGUGGUCGUAUAAAAUUAACCGAUAUUAAUUUUCAGGACAAGGAAAAAAAUACAGAAGACGUGAUAGAACCAAUAAACAGCAUAAAUAUUACCAUAGCGGAUAAUGUUAAUGAAGAUAUAGAAACUGAAGGUCCAGCAUGCAAAAAUGGAGACCAUCCAAGUAGUGCACAUGUCUGUUAUAUAUGUCAGAAAAAUGUGCAUGCACUUGAUGCAUGUUCUGCCUCAGUUGGAGAAGAAGGAUAUGGACAGAAAAGAAUUUGCAAAAAUUGCCAGAGGACAGAUGUUCAAAAUAUAAUUGCAUCAAGAGAAGAGGAAGAUUGGCGUGGUCUUGCGGCAACAGAAUCUCAAUCUAAAGGCAGAUAUUUACAAGAAAUGAGUAUCGAAAAUGAGUUUUUAUUAGAUAAAAAUAUACGUAAAAUACCUAUUAUUAAAAAUGGUGGAAAUUUAAAUAUUAAAGCAAUUACAUUUCAGAAAAAAAAAUAUUCUUUUACAAAUACUUUGCUUUUGAUAGUAUUUUGCAACUAUUUAUCGCUGCAUAUCUCGAUAAAGAUAAAGUCAAAGAUUUAAUUAAUAAUGAAUGUAAUAACAUCUUUUUUAAAUUAAUCUGUGAUAUGGUAUCUUACGGUGUACGUACAUUAUCUUACAGAUUAGGUGCCGAAAUUCUAAUGAAGAUAUUUUCAGGCAAUACUUUACCAAAUAAUUGCAUUUUAAUAGAUUGUCAAGUAACAGUUGAUUUCUUGUGUAAUAAAUUAUUUGCAGAAUGUCCAACUUUUCGAGAAGUAUCCAGAUGUUCUAAACGUUGCCCGGAAAGAUUGAAAAUACUUCCAGUAGUAAAUAUUCAAAUUGACACAUUAAUCCGGAAGGAUUUUGUUCAAUUAGAGAAACAUAUUAUUUUACAACCACAACGUUGCUGUAAAACAAACUGUGAUGGUUUAGAAAUUACAUCGAUUAUACAUACAGGCUAUUUUCUCAUAUUUGAGAUAUACUCAAAUAACGAUCAAGAAUUAAAUGUUAAAUUGGAAGAUAUUCCACGAAAGAUUAUGUUUUCUUUUUUGAAAGAAGAACACAGUCUGGUAGGAAUCAUUAAUUAUAAAUCACCUUCGACGCAAACAAGACAUUCUAACGAGAAAGAUAUUGGACAUUAUACUGCAAUAUGUCACCGAAAAAAUAACCAAUGGGUACAGUAUGAUGAUUGUAAGAAUUCAGAAACAACCUUAAAUGAUAAAUAUGUUGCUUGUCCACAUAUUAUU